AUGUCGGACCUCAACGAACCUUUCUACCUCCGCUACUACUCAGGUCAUUCUGGGCGGUUUGGACAUGAAUUUCUAGAGUUUGAUUUCCGCACGCUCGGCGAUGGACGGAGCGCCUCGGCUCGUUACGCGAAUAACUCCAAUUAUCGAAAUGACUCCCUGAUCCGCAAAGAAAUGUGUGUCAGCUCCCUUUUGAUUGCGGAGAUUAAGCGCAUCAUCAAGGACAGCGAGAUCAUGAAGGAGGACGAUUCCAAAUGGCCACAGAAGAACAAAGACGGACGACAGGAGCUGGAGAUCCGACUGGGGAGUGAACAUAUCUCAUUUGAGACCGCAAAGAUCGGAUCCCUGGUGGACGUGACCGAGUCUGCCGACCCAGAGGGACUACGUGUUUUCUACUAUCUCGUUCAAGAUCUCAAGGCGCUUGUUUUCUCGCUCAUUUCUCUUCAUUUCAAGGUAAAUUUUGGCCUCUGA